CCCAAAGCAAAAUUGAAGAAAGAAACACUUUUUCUUUUAAACCGUCCAUUUCGACGAAUAUUUUCUGUGUCAGUCACUCUGGUCAAUUGACUCAAUUCUACUUUAAAAUCGAGUCUUGCAUCUUCUCACCACGAAAAACCCUGGUCCUGCCUUCAUUGCCGACACUUGCUUCUUCACUUGUCUUCAGCGGCCAAAUCGUCCGCCUUCUUCUUCUUCACCUCGACAUCGCCGACUCUUCCAUCGCCAGAAGCGUAUUACGGAAGUAGCGACCAAAGCUAUACCCCCCUGUCUUCAUCUAGCCGUACGUGAAGCAGGGCCUAAUCUGCUACUGAGUCAGAGAGUCGAUGGCUCAGCUUCAGGCAAUCUCUUCGUGUUCUCCGGUCAAUCCGGUUACCAGAGGAUCAAUGACCAAAAAUUCAUAUAGAUUUGAAGACAAACUAAGCUAUUCACGGAAGUCCACUUCAAUGCAAGAGCUCGUGGCAAAAGCUAGUGAUUCUCUUGGCCAUUCAUUUGUCCAGAGGAGUGUGAAGUUAGCGUUGUCCCGUAAUAAUCAUUCCAUCCAGGCAGCCUUGACAAGUGGGAGUGACGCUGGCGCUGAGAGACAAGUUGCUAAAAAAUUGAAUAAAGUGGUUCUUGCUUAUAGUGGUGGUUUGGAUACUUCUGUUAUCGUUCCUUGGCUAAGGGAAAACUAUGGCUGUGAAGUUGUUUGUUUCACCGCAGAUGUUGGUCAAGGGGACAUUGAAUUGGAAGGACUGGAGCAGAAGGCCAAAGCCAGUGGAGCUUGUCAAUUGGUUGUGAAGGAUUUGAAGGAGGAAUUUGUGAAGGAUUACAUAUAUCCUUGCCUACGUGCUGGUGCUGUUUAUGAGAGGAAGUAUUUGCUUGGGACCUCAAUGGCACGCCCUGUAAUUGCGAAGGCUAUGGUUGAUGUUGCUAGAGAAGUUGGAGCUGAUGCUGUUUCUCACGGAUGCACAGGGAAAGGAAAUGAUCAGGUCCGGUUUGAGCUUACCUUCUUUGCUCUGAAUCCUGAACUUAGUGUGGUUGCCCCCUGGAGAGAGUGGGAAAUUAGGGGAAGAGAAGAUGCUAUUGAAUAUGCGAAGAAACAUAAUGUACCUGUUCCUGUGACAAAAAAGUCCAUCUACAGCAGAGAUAGGAACCUUUGGCAUCUGAGUCAUGAGGGUGAUAUUCUAGAGGAUCCUGCAAAUGAGCCGAACAAGGAUAUGUACAUGAUGUCGGUUGACCCAGAAGAGGCUCCUGAUCAGCCUGAAUAUGUUAACAUUGGGAUAGUUGCUGGGCUUCCUGUUUCGCUGAAUGGGAAGGAGCUCUCCCCCGCAACCCUUCUCUCCACCCUAAAUGAAAUUGGCGGGAGGCAUGGAAUUGGCCGUGUAGACAUGGUUGAAAACCGUCUGGUGGGAAUGAAAAGCCGGGGCGUGUAUGAAACGCCAGGUGGCACAAUCCUGUUCGCUGCAGUGCGUGAGCUGGAGUCACUUACGAUUGGCCGUGAAGCAAUGCAAAAGAAGGAUUCCAUUGCAUUGGACUAUGCUGAGCUAGUGUAUGCUGGCAGGUGGUUUGAUCCAUUGCGUGAGUCGUAUGAUGCUUUCAUGAAGGAAAUCACAAAGACGACGACCGGAUCAGUGACACUCAAACUGUACAAGGGGUCAGUUAGGGUGACGGGGCGUGAGAGCCCUUACAGUUUGUACAGACAAGACAUAUCAUCGUUUGAGAGUGGACAGCUCUAUGACCAGGCUGAUGCGGCAGGGUUUAUUCGGCUUUAUGGGCUCCCAAUGAGGGUUCGGGCAAUGCUUGAAAGAGGUCUCUAGAUUCUCUUGUUUUUAUGUUGAUCAGGAAAGGAGAUUGAUUUUUGCCUUUUCCGACAAGGCUUGCUUAGAUGAUGCUGGAUGAUUCCAGAUUUCACAUUUGCCGAUUUUUGUGUACACACACAUUAAUCGUGUGAUUAUUGAAUAGUAUUAUUAUUAUGUUGGUAGGCCGUAGGCUAUUUGAAAGCAAUAAGCACGUUUGUCAAAAUAAAUGGUUUCUUAACCAGUUGGUUUACUUGGUUAUGAUAAUAAUAGUACUCCGUUAUUAUUGAUAAUUUAUUGUUAUAAUAUUACUUUGGGAAAAAACUUUAAAUAAUACAACCCAUCUUCAAUGAAUAUGUACUUUAGAAA